AUGCCAUCGGACUCUGUCCACAGCUCACUCGAGACCGCGCUCGUCGUUGCAUCAAUCCAGAUCUGGCCACCACAGGAGUAUCGAAACGAGACAAAAUGGAAGCGCGCCACGCACGAAACGGCGCCAAGGGACGCCAAGCAGCGAGCUUUGCCCAUCGAAGGAAAACCCAAGGUCGUAGCACUCGCAGGCACUCGCAUGCUAUAUGCGAUGUGCGGACAGACGGGUGUAUAA